CUGCUGGCGGCAUCAUAACGUUCGCGCGCCGCGGUCAGUCAUCAUUCGAUCAUACCAACUCGCGAGUUCGACAGUUCCGUACCGUCAGUGCUUAGUUCCUAAUUGGCUCGCGCGCGGCGCUGUCACCGCGAUGUCAUCGAAAAUAGUAAAUGAGGGCCAGAAUGAUGGCAAUGGCAAAUUGAACGGUUUCAGUGCAGCAUUAGCGGACAGAGGACUGACUCCGUUGAACGGACGGUACCGCUCCAAAAGUUUGUCAAGUGAUAAGUUAAAUAAAACAAAUGCCGACAGGGCCGCCAUACUAGAGGAUGUUGAGGCCCACUACAUUACAGAGAGAUCGGAGACACCUGGUUGUUUAGUUAUAAAGAAGAUUAUGGAUCAAAGCGGGAACGCGCUUGGCGGGUUCAAAGAUGGCAAGGCGACGUACGGGUCGGAUGCACCGGCGCGCGGCCGAAGGGUUAUCUUCUGCGUGCACGGCAACCCUUCGACUGGCUGCUGCCAGGUCACCGAGACCACGGCGGACGCGGACGAUGGAGACAUCAGAAACGGCAGCAUCAGUGAAGCAGCGAGACACUGUCACAGAUCAAGAAAUGAAGAAAUAGAUAAGCGAGCGAGGAGAAAACUUAUUAUAGCUAGCAUACUAUGUGUUAUAUUUAUGAUAGGAGAAAUCGUAGGUGGAAUCUUGUCAAACAGUCUGGCUAUAGCCACAGAUGCGGCGCAUCUACUAACAGACUUUGCCAGCUUUAUGAUAUCGCUGUUCUCCCUCUGGGUGGCCAGCAGACCAGCAACAAGAAAAAUGUCCUUUGGGUGGUACCGGGCCGAAGUGAUCGGUGCGCUGACGUCAGUGCUGCUGAUCUGGGUGGUCACGGCGAUACUGGUGUACAUGGCGGUGCAGCGAGUCAUCUACAAGGAGUUCGAGAUAGACGCCACCGUCAUGCUCAUCACCUCCGCCGUGGGGGUCGCAGUCAAUCUCAUUAUGGGCCUAACGUUACACCAGCACGGCCACAGUCACGGCGGCGGCAGUCACGGCCACUCUCACGGCGGGACCAAUCCUGUCCUCAACAAUAAGCAGAAGGAGCGGACGGACUCGGACGCGGAGAGCUCGUCGUCCCACCAGCACGAGCACGGGGAGAACAUCAACGUGCGCGCCGCCUUCAUCCACGUGCUCGGCGACUUCCUGCAGAGCUUCGGCGUGCUCGUCGCCGCUGUGGUCAUCUACUUUAAGCCGGAAUGGAACCUCGUGGACCCCAUCUGCACGUUCCUGUUCUCGGUGCUGGUGCUAAUCACGACAUUCAACAUUAUAAAGGACACCUUGCUCGUACUGAUGGAAGGAUCCCCUAGAGAUGUCGAUUUCCAGGAAGUAGCAAACACCUUCAUGUCUUUGCCCGGCGUCGUCAGAAUACACAACCUGCGCAUGUGGGCGCUGUCGCUGGACAAAACCGCCCUCUCCGCACAUCUUGCUAUACGCACCGGUGCGAGCCCACAGAAGGUAUUGGAGCAAGCAACUCGGCUGGUCCACGAGAAGUACAACUUCUUCGAGAUGACGCUCCAGAUCGAGGAAUUCAAUGAUGGCAUGGAGGCGUGCAGCCAGUGCAAGAUGCCGCAGUCCUGAUCCUGUGUUGUGUGGAAACUCUUGAGGCUGAUAGUUGUAUACCAAGGAAACAAGCACCAUGUACUGAAUAAGGACCAAUCUUUUGUUACAUAUCUUAUAUGAAUAACUUGCUGCCGCCGCGCGGUUUCACCCGCGUGGUUCCCGUUCCCGUAAGAAUACGGGUAUAAUAUAUAGCCUAUAGCCUUCCUCGAUAAAUGGGCUAUCUAACACUGAAAGAAUUUUUCAAAUCGGAUCAGUAGUUCCUGAGAUUCGCGCGUUCAAUCAAACAAACAAACUCUUCAGCUUUAUAAUUUUAUUAUAGACAGUAAAAAUCAUACCUGAAUGCUUCAACAAAAUUCUCUUUGAAUAUACGAGUAGCUUAGUUGUUUAGGGCUGAAUAUCAAGGAGAACGAUGGCUUUCAGUGUCUAAAAGAAAGUAUUGUUACCAAGUUAGCUACUAAAAAUAUAAUCUAUACUUACUAAUAGUUUAAAGAGGGAAAGUUGAUGACUUUCAGGAUUUUAUAUAUGUAUAUCUAGCUGGAAUGUCCCAAGCAUUAUUUAUUGUAAUAAAGACAGAGCGUUUGUUACAUAACCCAAAUGAAUAAUAAAAAACAUCAUUCCUAAAUGUUGCAAUUUGCUGCAAAUUCUGAAAUAUAUUGAGGGUAUAUGAUAAGAAGACUUUGGGAUUUUAUAAAGAUAGAAAGUGUGUCAACUCAAGCUCCUAGUUUUAGGUAUAUAUGGUACAUUUUGGGUCAUGUUAGCUUUGUGAGGUAGCAGUUUUCAAGGAUCUUAGCCGUGUAGUACGUCGAUUCUAUUUCUCGCUUCGAAAACUAACAAAAUAUAUGGCAAUCACAGAUCCGAUCGACAACUUAAUCACAUGAUCUGUCGAUGGUGAACGUCAUUCCUACAUACUUUAAUUUCCAAACAGCUUACAUCAUCUCUUACCAUCAACUGAGAUUGUAGUCAAGGGCUUACUUGUAGAGAAUGAAAAAAAAAACAAAACAAAAAGCAAUCUUGAUCCAAACUCUAUAAUUUGCUACCGUAGGCACCUAGUAGGAGUGAUGAACUUUCAAUUUUCAGCUUUAUCAAAAUGAAGGUUCACAAUGUAUAUGAUGGUAAAAUUAAUUUAGAUAUACCUAGCUAAAUGCAGACUAAUGCGAUAUUAAUAUAAAUCUGUGGCCUUAUUACAAGCUCUUAAAGUAUUGAUAGCUCGCUCCAUCGCCCGCUGAGUGACUUUGAGCCUUAUAGCCCUAGUUACCACCAACUACCAAGUGUGCGAUCCGUAGUACAUCACUGGCAACACGCACUGUUCGAAGACUUUCGUCUUCAGGCACUGAGGAAUUUGCUUAGAGUUUCUCUGCGUGAUCGAAUCAGAAAUGAGGAGAUCCACAGACGAACCAAGGUCACUGACAUAGCUCAGCGAGUCGUGAAGUUGAAGUGGCAGUGGGCAAUAGUUCGAAAAGCUGAUUUACGUUUGGGUUGGGACCCCAACGUAAAUCAGCUCUUCGAACUAGGUGCUGGGAUGGCGACCUCGCACCGGAAAGCGCAGUGUUGGUAGACCGAGGAUAUCAAGCGGGUUGCAGGGAGCCACUGGAUGCUGGUGGCUCAGGAUCGUUGUGCUUGGAGGUCCAUGCAAGAGGCCUAUAUCCAGCAGUGGACGUCCAUCUGCUGAUAAUGAUGAAAGUAUUGAUUCCAUAAUGUUUCAACAUUUCGUAGCUACUAAUUUUAUCGCAGGAUUGUUUCCUAUAGCGAUUUUGAACGUCAUCGAUCAUUUCAUUCACUCAUUUCGUACCACGUACAGGUGACAUUACUUACGCUCUUAAAUAAGAUGGGCAGACAUCUUGAUGGUCUUGCAAAAGGUUGUGGUAAGGCCCCUGGUGUAAACAUUGAAAGUCGAGGCAAUAUUUUUCUAUCUGAUAUUUCCUAAUAAAUCUGUAAGUAAGAAGAAAUAUUGUGAAUACUAAAUUAUACAAAUAUUAUGUGCUGUUAAUCAAUGAAUAAUAAAAAUAUUAAUUGUUUUUAAGUUAAUGUUAUUGUUAACUCUAAGUUCAUCAUAGUCAUAUUUUACAUGAAGAAUAAUAUAAUUGGUUUUAAAAAAAUGACAUAAAAUGUAUGGUGAACAUUUACCUACUUAGGUAUACUCCAGAAACGAAUUGUUCAAUUUAAACGUAUAAACAAAAAAAAAAUUUGUUUCGUCUGUUUGUGCCUACUUUGAUAUAAUGGUAUAUGCACGCCAAGAAAAAUAAUAUAUUUACCAAAUGUAUUUAAUAUGCAGAAAAAUAUGCAUGCUAUUCAGCAUAAAAGCCAAAACUUAAUGUUUAAAAUGUAUUAGAAUGUUAGAAUUAUGUAAAUCCAAUGAAAUGAAGGAAUUUGAAUUAUUUUAUUUAUUAGGACUAUAAAACUACGUAUUUUAAGUAAGUGUCAUUAGGAAGUAAAGUCUUCCAAAACUAUGAGAAGAACUAAAGAUUCCUGUAUCAAUUUUUUAAUAAAAAAUUUUAAAUUUA